AUGCGUUCGAAGCGAAGAAUUUUCCAAUUUCCAGCGAUCGCCAUCACCAAAGCAGCCGUGGCAAUUAUUCUCUUCCAAUUCCAGCACGCGAUCCUCGAUCUGAACAAUAUCAACGCCGCCCUUAACGCGCGGCGGAGGAGAUCAGCUCCGAAACGUCUCCAACGUUCGGUCGUAGUAGAAGAACGCAGAUCAAUCCGACCGGAACCUCCGCAGAGGACUCAGAUAUCAGAUCGUUUACGAGAUCGCCUGGACCAACGCCAAGACCCGCCGUGUAGCGUGCUCGUGAGCAAUCUCCACAACAAUGUCUCGGAAGCCGAUAUCAACGAGCUCUUCCGCUCUAUGGGUCCGAUCGUGACAGCCAUGUUCGUGUCUCCGGGCAAUGCCCUGGUGACGUAUCACCGUAAACACGACGCCGUAAAGGCGGUCGAAACCUACCACCUGCGUCUCUUGGACGGCCAGCCCAUGACUUGCGUUCUUCUGACUCCUGACAUGAAAUCAUCCGGAUCUGUCGCGUUCAUGAGACAUAACUCUCACCGUCGUCUACCCUUGGGCCAUCGAUCUCUCUCUCACUCGGCGGUCAAAUGCGGAACGAAGGGAAAAAUCACUAGAGGAUUCGGAUUCUUCGCCGCCGGAGAACGUGCACAGUGUAGUGGACAGCGUUCGGACAUGUUAGUCAAAGCUCUUCUCAAACAUCGUUGGCUGGUGCGAGUUGUUCCGGCGGCAUUCCUCGGAUUGUUCGUGAUAACAUUUAUAUUGUUCUAUGUGCAUUUCCUACCUCGGCGAGGUUCCUUCUCGUGCGCCGCGCUCCCCCUGUGCGAGGCCGAAACACAGCCUGUGGAGACGUCUGGGAACUUCACUGUUGUAUUAUGGACGUCUUAUUUCAACCUCUGGGACAAUCCCAACUUCGAUUCUUCCGAGCCCGAAAACUGUCCCUAUCAGAACUGCGACUUCACCACGGAUAGAGAUUCCGCGUCAAUUGCGGACGCUAUUAUUUUCCAUGAGGCCGAUAUGUCUCUGAAUGACGUCCCUGGCUCUCGGAAACCCACCCAGCGAUGGAUCAUGUUCAACCAGGAGGCUCCGCCUAAUAGUCGGAAUUUGCGUCCGGAGUUCGAUGGCAUUUUCAAUUGGAGUAUGACCUAUCAUCACUUGGACGACAUCCGAGUGCCUUACUUCGAGAUGUGCCGCACGAAUUCCAGCGACGAGCCACGGAUAGAACAGCCUGAUGAAAAGGCUUGGGCGGCCGUGUGGUUCGUGAGCAACUGUAAAACCUCAAGCCAUCGCAUGGCUUACGUAGAGGAACUUCAAAAUUACCUGACCGUCGAUAUCAUCGGAGCUUGCUCCCCACAUAACCUGCAGUGCCCCAAGUCGGACCACCAGAAGUGUUUGGAUACGUUUUUACCCCGGUACAAGUUCGUCUUGGCGUUCGAGAAUUCGAUUUGCAGCGAUUACGUGACUGAGAAAUUCCAGAACGUUCUCCCCUACGACAUAAUCCCGAUUCUGUGGGGCGGCGUCGACUACGGACAGUUCUUGCCGCGAGAGAGCUUCGUGGUCGCAUCGGACUAUCCCAGUCCGAGAGAGUUGGCACGAGCUCUCUAUCGAUUUCGAGAUAACUCACUUUUCCGUCGGACGGUCAGUCAUCGGAACGGAAUACGUGCUAAGAGCAUCCAAUGGAAAUGCAAACUAUGCGAGAAGCUCAACAGAAACAAAGGACGAAGCUCGUCGAGGAAAGAUCUGUUCAGAAAGUUCCAUAAGAAUGGUCGCUGCAAAGUUUGGCGUAAAGGGCAUUUCCAAGAUUACUUCCCUCAGUAG